UUCCCAUCGGCACGUCUCUCCGCUAUCCCCUCGCACCCCCUCCGACACCUUCCAUCCACGACGAAAGUUUAGGUUCAAAGUCUGGGUCCAAAAUUACUCAAUAAAAUUCCUUUUUAGUCGUUAUUUUUUAUGUGUUUAGCAUAAUCUAUUAAACAUGGCUAAUUCUAAGAUAUUGGGUGCAUUGAAGCUUCUUAAAAACCGUAAAGAUGUGCAGUUUCUAACUGGUUUACAUAGUAGAACAUACGCAGCUGCAUCAAAUGCAGUUCACACGAAACGCAAGAUAGUUAAUGGAGUGUAUGUUGUGACUUUGGACAGCCCUGACAAGAAGGUCAACUCUCUCAAUGAAGCUGUAAUGCAAGAAGUUAAUGAAAUUAUAAGCGAAGUUGAUUCAAAUCCUUCCAUUGAAGCUGUUGUUUUAAUAUCAGGCAAACCAGGUUGCUUCAUUGCUGGUGCUGAUAUCUCUAUGCUUGAAAACCUUAAAAGUAAAGAAGAAGUUGUAGCUGUAUCGAAACGGGGCCACGAAAUAUUUAGAAGGAUUGAAGCAUCCAAAAAGCCAUAUGUAGCAGCAAUCCAAGGUUCCUGCCUUGGUGGCGGCUUGGAAACAGCUCUAGCAUGCCGCUACCGUAUUGCAGUAAAAGAUUCAAAGACUGGAUUUGGAUUACCAGAAGUCAUGUUAGGUCUAUUACCUGGUGGUGGAGGCACACAAAGGAUGCCAGUUCUUACAUCCAUACCAACAACCUUGGACUUAGCACUUACUGGUAAAACUGUUAAAGCAGAUAAAGCGAAAAAACUUGGAAUUGUUGAUCUGUUAGUGUCUCCAUUGGGCCCAGGCUUAGGUCAACCUGAAGUUAACACUGCCCAGUACCUAGAAAACGUAGCUGUUCAGGUAGCUAAAGAUAUUGCAUCAGGAGCUAUGAAAGUAGAUAGAUCUAAAAAAGGAUUAGUUGAAAAAAUCACUGCCAGUGUUAUGCAAUGGGAAUUUAUUAAAAACAUGAUAUUUAACAAGGCCAAAGAACAAGUGAUGAAGGCCUCACGUGGAUUGUACCCAGCACCAUUGAAGAUUCUUGAAGUAGUAAGAGUAGGUGUUGACAAAGGACCUGCAGCCGGAUAUGAAGCAGAGGCCCAGGGCUUUGGUGAACUGGCUAUGACACCACAAAGCAAAGGAUUAAUGGGACUUUUCAAAGGACAAACAGAAUGCAAAAAGAAUCGUUUUGGAAAGUCACAAGUCAAUGUGAAAACAAUUGGUGUUCUUGGUGCUGGUUUGAUGGGAGCUGGCAUUGUUCAAGUAUCCAUUGACAAAGGGUACCAUGUUGUUAUGAAGGAUGCAACCAAUGCUGGACUUUAUAGGGGUGUAGGCCAGGUCCAGACUGGCCUCGCCAAUGCCGUUAAAAGGAAAAGAAUAUCCGCGCUUACAAAAGACAAGUAUUUAUCAAACUUACUGCCAACUUUAGAUUAUGCUAAGUUCAAAAAUACAGACUGUGUAAUUGAAGCUGUGUUUGAAGACAUCAACAUCAAGCACAAGGUUAUCAAAGAGCUUGAGGCUGUUGUGCCUAAACAUUGUAUUAUUGCCACAAACACUAGUGCUAUUCCAAUCACUAAAAUUGCAGCUGGAAGUAGUCGACCAGAGAAAGUUAUUGGUAUGCACUAUUUCUCACCAGUGGACAAGAUGCAGCUUCUGGAAAUCAUUCGGCACCCUGGCACCAGCGACGACACGGCCGCGGCCGCCGUCGCCGUCGGCUUGAAGCAGGGCAAAGUUGUGAUCACGGUUGGUGAUGGCCCUGGAUUCUACACCACGAGAAUUUUGUCCACUAUGUUGAGUGAAGCAGUCAGGUUACUUCAGGAAGGAGUGGAUCCCAAAGAAUUAGAUAACAUGACCAAACAAUUUGGUUUCCCCGUCGGCGCUGCGACGCUUGCUGAUGAAGUUGGUAUCGACGUGGGCUCCCAUAUCUCCGUCGAUCUUUCCAAGGCAUUUGGUGAUCGUUUUGGCGGUGGUGACUUGAACAUUAUGCAAGACAUGGUCAAAGCAGGAUUCAUGGGCAGAAAGUCCGGCAAAGGAAUCUACGUUUACGAAAAGGGAACCAAAAACAGGGAUGUAAACCAAGAAGCCAUCCAAAUCAUGAAAGAAAAGUAUGCUUUGCAGCCCCGAGGUGCCAACACGGUUGAGGAUCAGCAGUUAAGAAUGGUGUCCAGGUUCGUCAACGAAGCAGUGUUGUCCUUGGAAGAGAAAAUCCUUCAUAGCCCCUUGGAAGGAGACGUCGGAGCUGUAUUCGGGCUCGGUUUCCCGCCGUUCAGCGGUGGACCAUUCAGAUGGGUGGACCAAUUUGGUGCUGACAAGUUAGUUAAGAAGAUGGAAGAGUUCCACGGCCUCUAUGGAGCUCCCUUCAAGCCAGCUCAAACUUUGAUUGAUAUGGCUAAGGAUAGCAGCAAGAAGUUCUACCCAAAGUAAUUUUUGAGUAUUUUAUAAGUUAUAAAUGAAUUAUGAUCUUUUCAUUAUUUCCGUCAUCUUGUAUUAAUGUUUUGUGGUUCUAUAUGAGCAUAUAUAGUGACUAAAAAGGAUCAUAAGAACUGUUAUUUAAAUGCUGUUAAUUGUUGAAGAGUAAACCUGUGUAAUACCUAUUUAGUGGAUAAUGUAAGGAAUAUGUUUAUUCAAAAUUUGAUUUAUUGGAUACAUUAAUACAUGACAGAAGCUAAAGAGGAGUAUUUAUGAAUGGAAAGUGUUAAAUUUUUGUGUUUAAUUUAUUGAAUGUAGGCCUGAGAUUUUCGUACUAUGUAUU